CACAAUCCAAGCAGAAUGUGGCCAAGCUAGCACCUCAUGGAAACCGAAUUCCUUUUGUUGUGCUACAAGAGGCAACAAAUUACUUCGAUAACCAGAUGGUCAUUGGAGUUGGAGGGUUUGGAAAGGUCUACAGAGCCGUGAUGCAGGAUGGAAGCAAAGUCGCAGUAAAGCGCGGCAACCCGAAGUCUCAGCAAGGGUUGGCGGAGUUCUGGACGGAAGUCGAGGUGCUAUCAGGGGUGCGACACCGCCAUCUUGUGGCGCUCAGGGGUUACUGCGACGAGCAAAAUGAAAUGAUCUUGGUGUAUGAGAACAUGGAAAAAGGCACUCUGAGAAGUCAUCUUUAUAACAGUGAUAAGCCGCCUCUCAGCUGGAAUAAAAGGCUGCAAAUCUGCAUAGGAGCAGCAAAAGGACUCCACUACCUUCACACUGGUUUUAAGAAAUCAAUAAUCCAUCGUGAUGUCAAGUCAACAAACAUUCUUCUUGACGAAAAUCUGUCAGCCAAAGUUUCUGAUUUUGGCCUCUCAAAAGUCGGGGGUGGUGUUGAUGAUACGCAUGUUAGCACGGUAGUCAAAGGGAGCUUCGGUUAUCUUGAUCCUGAGUACUUCCGGAGACAGCAGCUGACCGACAAGUCAGAUGUGUACUCAUUUGGUGUAGUGUUGCUUGAGGUGAUCUGUGCAAGGCCGGCCCUCAACCCAUCUCUUCCAAAAGAAAUGGUUAGCCUUGCAGAAUGGGGUAUGGAGUGGCAAAAGAGAGGGCAGCUUUAUCAGAUCAUCGACCCACGGAUUGCUGGGAAUAUCAAGCCUGAAGCAUUGAAGAGGUAUGGGGAUACGGUUGAGAAAUGCCUUGCUGAUCAUGGCGUCGAUCGUCCCACAAUGGGAGAUGUCAUAUGGAACCUGGAAUACGCGCUGCAGCUGCAGGAGUCAGGCGAAGACAACUCCGACAUGUCGAUGAAUAACACCUUCUCACAGUUGGUCAGUACAGAUGGGAGGUUAACUGGAUUGAAUUGUUGUGUAGCGAAAGGAAAAAUAUUGAGUACAUGUACUAGAAAAUCACUUGCGUUCGUGCCACUACUGCUUAAUAGGGUUUCAUUCCUUGUUCAUAACUCCCUUUCACAACCAGAAAGUGAACUGCGGCUACACAUACAAACCCGAACUGGGGGUAAAAGUAGCCUUCACUCAUGGUCUCUCGUGAGCCGGUACUGCCCACUGGCAGGGUAG